AUGCAUCCUUUCAGUUACAAUGGAGUUGCACCCCGGGACGACCCGGCGGGAUCCGCAGAAGCCCCUUGGACUCUACAGCCGCUGGAGGAACGAAAGGGGCGCACUCCCGGGGGCAGGCUUCGCGCUGCCUGCGCGCGGGGCGAGGGGAGCACCGUAGCGUUCUCCGCGCUCCGGAGGACGCCGACCCGCGUGGGGAGAAUUCGCCCCCGCCCGGGUUUCGGCCGCGGCGUCGCGGCCACUUUGGAGACACUCCCUGGCUCCGGCCAGGCGGACCGAGGCGUGACUCGCAGGUGCCCACGCGUGCCAGCUGCGGCUGGGCUAGGGACGCGGGGUCGCCCAGUGGGGAGCGGGGACCUGACUCUCGAAAUUCGUUGCAGAAUGGAGGGGGCUGUGGUCGCGCAUGGGAACCCGCUCGCGGCUCAGCGGGUCUUGGGACUUCGGGUUACCGAAUGUCAAAGGCGCGGGCAGCUCAUAGUUAGAGCAAAUCGCAGGAUUUUUUUGGGAAACGCAAGUGGUGAGCCCCUUCCGGCUCCAGUCCAGUCUGGGCGCUGGAACCACUCUCCAUUCUGCCCGCGCCUCAGUGACUGUCUAUCCGGGCCCAGCUGGGGCACCGUGGACAGGACCGCACACGAAGUAGUCACCUUCCGCUGCAGCUUUGGGGAGACGAGGGGAAUCAUUUUCUUCCAGCUAAUUCUAAAAUCGUUAGGUGUAAACUCUUUGAGUGUCGCACCCCUGGCCUGGGCUCUUCCUCCCGCUCCUUGUGGUGCGGACAGUGGUGAGAGCUCGGAUGUACUGUUGGCCAGAAGUGUGUUCAAAUUUGGACUGGCCACUUCCUAGCUGAGUGACCUUGAGUAAGUGACUCCACAUAUUUAGGUUUCGGUUUUCUCGUUUGCAAAAGGGAAAUAAUGCGUGUAUGCAGGUUGUUCGUGAGCCGCGAGUGAGAUAUUGAGGGAGCGCCGAGCACUGGGCCUGGCACGUAGUGGGCACUGGGAAGCGUGGCUCACCACCCACUGCAUCCCCCCAGAGUAAUGGCUGAUCUAUUAUUGUUGUGACUCUUGUUUAUUUUGUUGGCAGUUUUAUUUUAUUUGCAGGGGCUCAGUAUGUUGGAGAGAAAGGUGUUUGUCUACCAGUAGGGUCAGUUUCAGAGGACGGGGAAGGACAGGAGGUGCAGGUUGGGGAUUCUUUCUCUCUUCUCCCAACAAUCCAAAGGCGAUGGGAUUUGCAGGGCCUCCAGGCCUGGGUCUGGACUUAGGUCACUUGCCCGCUGCGUGACCUUGGGCAAGUUACUGGCCCUUGCUGAGCCUUCCUGGUGGGUGUGGAGAGGGAGGCCCAACAUUGAGGGGUGAAAGUUGCAGGAUGCCUGGGGUCUCGGCAAGUGCUCCCUCCCUUCCAGCGACAAGGACCCUCAGAUGGGGUAGAUGCCAUUGCUCUGGCCCCAGGGGGCCUCCUGCUUCUAAUUCAGGCUCUGCCACUGGCAGGGUGGGGGCUGUCGGGUCCCUAACUGCCCCUCCUAGAACCGCAUUUUCCUUGUUUGUAAAACAAAAAGGGCACCAGCUACCCCCAGGGUGGCUGUGAGAACCAAAUGAGAUAGCAUCUGUGGAAGUGCCUGUGAGAAACUCUGGCGGUUAUAUAAUAAUAACUUUAAUGACAACUAUAAAGCUACUGUAGCUGAGAACCUAGCCUGUGCCAGGCAGGGAGGUGGACACUUAUUUAUUCUUCACAAUGACCCUGUGAGGAAAGGGCUGUUAGUGGCCCCAAUUUCUCACUAAUGAGGGAAUUGAGGCUUUGAGAGUUCGAGGGAAGCACAGCUCCCCACUUGGGGGCUGGAGUUGGCACCUCACCAGCUCCACUUCCCUUCUGGCUUCCAGUGCCCCGGACUCAGGGCUGCCCUUGUCACUUCAGACACUGUGAAAUUGGGACAACAAGGCCCACCGCACAGAGGUUUGUGGCACGGAACUAAGGUGUGGGUGGUACAGCACUGCUCCCAGGGUGUGUGCUUAAGAAUGGGAUUCCCACCUCAGUUUACCAGCUGUGGACUCUGAAUUAUUCAUCUUCUUUGUGCCUCAGUUUUUUCAUCUAGUAAAUAAACCUCAUAAGAUUAAACAAGCUCCUCCAGGUAAAGCCUGGCACGGGUCAGGGCUCUGCUUCACUGCUUGGGGUCUGGCUUCCUGAGAUCCACGGUUCCUCAUGGUCCAGCCCUGUCAUCCAGAUGAAGGUGCUUUGGGCCACUCAUCAUACGCCUCCUUUCACUUCCUAUCCAGAUAGCUCUCAGGCAGCUCAGGAAUGGGGGUAACUUGGGUCAGGUAUUAGUCCCUAGGACAGUGGUUCUCAGAGUGUGUUCCCAGAGCAGCAGCAUCAGCAUCACUGGAGAAUUUGUUAGAAAUGCGAAUUCCUGGACCCUCGCCAGACCUACGGAAUCAGAACUCUGGGGUAGGACUCGGCAGUCUGUGUUUAACAAGCCCUCCAGGUGACACUGAUGCCUGCUCAACUCUGGAAGCCAAUGCCCAGAAUACUGUCCAUUUCAUCCGAGUUUUCAAAUGUGUUGUUACAACACUGUGGGAAGAUUCUCUCAGAAUUUGCAACUCUCAUAUGAAUCUGUACCCAUACCUUCCACUUCUCAUUCCCAGUGUUGCUCAUUCAUGUCUUCUCCUGAUCAUACUUGCCAAAGGUUUGUUAUUUUGUUGGUUUUAAAAAAAAGCCUUUGAUGUCUUAUCCCCUUUUCAAAUGCCACCUCUUUCAUGAAUGUUGUGGUUUCAAAAAUUAUUUAUUUCUUCUUUGCUGAGUUGAAAAUUUGUCAAUUUUUCUUUCUUUUUAAAUAAAUGCAUUCGAGGGCAUACAUUUUCCUCUGAGCACUGUUUUGGCCAGGUAUG